ACAAGUGAAUAUUUUAUAUUUACAUUGUCUCAGUGGACAGGUUUGCGUCGAGCACGUGCGUAACUGACGUAGUAACCGGCUCAAACCGCCCUCUUGUGACAUAAUCCAAAAUGGCAGCCACCAUUGGAAGACUACUGAGGACCUCUGCCAGGGUUGCAGCAGGAGGGUUGAAAGUCACAGCAGCCUGUCAACAUGGAGCAUCUGGAGCUGCAAGAAGCUUCAGCGACCCUGCACUGCAGAGAGCCUGUUUCUCCACCAGCACUUCCAGAUGGGCCCCUGCUGUCACUCAACCUGCUCCUGCUUUUAAGGCCACAGCUGUCCACAAUGGGGAGUUCAAGGAGAUGAGCCUCGCUGAUUUCAAGGGCAAAUACCUGGUCCUCUUCUUCUACCCACUCGAUUUCACCUUCGUGUGUCCAACAGAGAUCAUCUCAUUCAGCGACAAGGCCAGUGAGUUCCAUGACAUUAACUGCGAGGUGGUGGGAGUGUCUGUGGACUCUCACUUCACCCACCUGGCGUGGAUCAACACUCCACGCAAGACUGGAGGUUUGGGCCACAUCCACAUCCCCCUGCUGUCCGACCUCAACAAGCAGAUCUCUAGAGACUAUGGGGUGCUGCUGGAGGGUCCAGGCAUUGCACUGAGGGGCCUGUUCAUCAUCGAUCCUAACGGAGUGGUGAAGCACUUGAGUGUGAACGACCUGCCAGUGGGCCGUUGUGUAGAGGAGACCCUUCGUUUGGUGAAGGCGUUCCAGUUUGUGGAGACCCACGGCGAGGUGUGCCCGGCCAGCUGGACUCCGGAGUCCCCAACGAUUAAACCAACCCCAGAAGGAUCCAAAGAAUACUUUGAAAAAGUCAACUAAAGAAGACGAAGUUCACAACUCUGAAGUGGUUCAAGUCUAAAAAUAAUUGUACUCUUAGUUUACAGUUUAUAAAUUGUAUUUACUCCUGCUUAUCUGAAUACAGUAAUAAAGAUAUUCUUUAUAA